CCCAAACCGGGGGGAGAGAGAGAGAGCCCGAUAUCGCGGUUCGCCUCGUCUAGCCGAGGUCUCGUCCCGUGCGGUAUCUUUCCCCUCUCUCUUCUCUCUCUGCCUCUAGGCGGCGCCGGCGGCAGAGGCGGAGAUGGCGCACCGGCUGCUGCGGGACGCGCAGGCGGACGGGUGGGAGCGGUCGGACUUCCCCAUCAUCUGCGAGUCCUGCCUCGGCGACAACCCCUACGUCCGCAUGUUAAGAGCAGAAUAUGACAAAGAAUGCAAAAUAUGUGCACGUCCUUUUACUGUCUUCCGUUGGCGACCUGGUCGGGAUGCAAGGUACAAGAAGACGGAGAUCUGUCAGACAUGCUGCAAGUUGAAAAAUGUCUGCCAGGUCUGCCUGCUAGACCUUGAAUAUGGUCUACCAGUUCAGGUUCGGGAUACAGCACUUGCGAUCAAUUCAAAUGAUGCAAUCCCAAGGAGUGAUGUCAACCGAGAGUACUUCGCCGAAGAGCAUGAUCGUAAGGCCGCUGCUGGCAUAGACUAUGACUCUUCCUAUGGAAAGUCCCGUCCAAAUGAUACAAUUCUGAAGCUUCAGAGGACAUCACCAUAUUACAAGAGGAACCGAGCUCAUGUUUGCAGUUUCUAUGUGCGUGGUGAAUGUACAAGAGGCGCUGAAUGCCCGUAUCGCCAUGAGAUGCCUGAGACUGGGGAGUUAUCCCAGCAGAACAUCAAAGAUCGUUACUAUGGAGUUAAUGACCCAGUUGCUCUGAAACUUUUGGGUAAGGCAGGUGAAAUGCCAUCCCUGACACCACCAGAUGAUGAGAGUAUAAGGACCCUCUACAUUGGUGGACUUGAUAACCGAGUCACGGAGCAGGAUUUGAGGGAUCAGUUCUAUGCACAUGGUGAGAUUGAAUCCAUCAGGAUGGUACUCCAACGUGCAUGUGCAUUUGUAACAUACACAACGAGAGAAGGUGCUGAGAAAGCUGCAGAGGAGCUUGCCAACAAGCUAGUCAUCAAGGGUGUGCGCCUGAAGCUCAUGUGGGGCAAGCCGCAAGCACCAAGGGCAGAUGAUGAUGAGGCUGGGAGGCAAGGUCAUGUUUCCCACGGAGGACUGCUCCCGAGGGCUGUUAUAUCUCAGCAGCAUAGCAGCGACCAGCCUCAGCCUCCUGGGAUGGAGGGCCAACAGCAAGCGGCACCUGCAUCAUACUACUUCAACAUCCCAGCACCGCCAGCGACGGAGCGGACAAUGUACCCUUCGAUGGACCCCCAGAGGAUGGGUGCUGUAGUCAGGUCACAAGAGGGCGACAGCGGGCCACAGCAUGCUGGGCAAGCUCAGCCGUCAAGCAGCUCAGGACAGGGCUACCCUAUGCGGCCACCGGUGGCCUACUACCACGGUCAGUAUCCUCCAUACUACCCACCACCACCACCAUAUGGCGGCUACACGCAGCCACCUCGCAUGCCAUACCCACCGCAGUAUCCGCCAUAUCAGCCGAUGUUGGCGCCACCAGCACAACCACAACAAGCAAGUUCGUCCCAGCAACCAGCGCCAGGACCAGCAGGGCAGCAGCAGGCAGCUCAAGCCCCUCCUACUCAGCAGCCAGCAGCCCAGAACUGAAGGGUCCUCCAUUAAGAAGCGAACUGCAGGAGGUUGUAAUUUCCUCUUUGGUUACCAGCUUUUGUAUUCCUAAUUUGUGAUUAGCAGCGAACCAUUUUAGUAUCGCUUAUGGGAUCUAAAACAGGCAGCUAUACUGGAUUAUUCUGCUCCCAAGAUUUUGUUUUGUCACUGGGAAUUGCUCUUUUCUACCAGUUCUUGGUAUGCACAUUAGAGCUUUUCAGUAUUAAGAAUUCAGAACGAGUCCCUAACUCGGAUAUGCAAUUUCAUUGUUAUUUGUUU